UUCCGCGUUCGAAGUGUGUGUGUGUUCAGCGGUAGCCCGUAUAAAUGAAGCGGGCGGGUGUGUGUGUGUGUGUGUGUGUAGCGCAGAGCCCGGAGGGAGCAGGUGGACGCGGCAGCGACAGCGACAGCGACAGCGACAUCGACAUCGACAGCGCUGCAGAAGGGACACGCACACGCGACGUCACGCUGCACUUCACCGAACAGCCCUUGACCCGCGGACAGGACACCGGCCUCAGUGGGAGACACACCCGAGCCGAGGUGCAAAGAUGCCCAAGUGCCCCAAGUGCAACAAGGAGGUGUACUUUGCGGAGAGGGUGACUUCGCUGGGGAAGGACUGGCACAGGCCUUGUCUCAAAUGUGAGAAGUGCAACAAGACCCUGUCCGCUGGCUCGCAUGCAGAGCAUGACGGAAAACCCUACUGCAACACUCCAUGCUACGGAGCGCUCUUUGGGCCCAAAGGAUUUGGACGUGGUGGCACUGAGAGUCACACAUUCAAGUAAAUGCAAAAGACAAGGAAUACCUCCGUGAGAAUGAGCUUUCUGAUGGUCCGAAGGCAUCGUUCAGAAAGUCUUGUUAAUCAUGCUUUUAAACCAAAACCAUCAACCAAAACAUUCCAUUUUUGGAAUUCCUUUUAGAGUUUUUGUCACUCGUUGUGCUUUCUACAUGAACGUACCUAGCCGUAAUUGUGCAUGACAGAUAUAUUAAUUUCUGAUAAAUGUUUCAAGGAUUCAGAGCAAAAGCUCAGUUGCUUUGUUUUUAAAAAAUAAAAAUCUGCCUUAAA